UUUUCCUUUCAACAUGCUUUUAAUAUACGCAAUGGUAUCCAUCCUUCAAUUGCUUGUGUUUUUUUUGAGAGCCGCCCAUCUCGCCGGGAACGGGGCUGUCCUCCCUCCGCGGGAAGAGUCUGCGGCGCGGCUGUCCUCUCGAGUCCUAGCGGCUGCGACCGGCAGGCGGGAGGGGCUUGCCUGGACUCCUCCGGGCACCGCUGCGCCUUCUAAUCGUCUGGUGAAGAAGCCGGAAGCUGGUGCUGCAGCCCGGGAUUGUCCAGCUGGAAGAGAGGCUAUGGAGGAGGAACGGCAGGCCCCGGCCCCGCUUUCCCCACGGCCAGGCCGCCCCCUCGGGCGAGUGGAGACGCUCCACUGCCUGCCGGGCGCUCGCCGGUGCGACUGGAAACAGCGUCCGGCUGGAUCCAGGAUGCCAGCGUUCUGCGUUCCGCCUCCUCAGCGCUCGCGCCCAGGGCUGAUCGUCACAAGCCUCCUUCUCGAGUGCCAAGUCCCAGGGACACAGCCUGCUUUCCGCUCUUGGGAAGGACCAGCACCUGCUCUGCGCUCUGGUGUCGCUUGUUGGCCGAACCUGGCCUCAGAGUGCCACCCAACAGUCUGUCCCUGUCUCUUUACUGCCCCGUAUCACGUGGCCAACCAGCCAGGCUCCUUCCCUUCUCGCUCUUUGGGACCUGGAAAUUACAAACCCUAAUCGAGUCUAAA